GUAGUCAACACUCAACAUAUACACAUACUGCAAGUGCCUAGGGGCUAGGAGUUUCCACUCCAAACUUCACACCUUUCCUGUCCUUCCUAAAAAUUCCCCAUAAUCAUCUCAGCAUUUCAUCCUUUAUUUGUCUUCCAUUUCCAACCCAAUAACCAAAAAUAAUCAUGGGAUUAAGCAACAACCUAACAGCAACAGUAAACUUCAUAGCUCUCCUAUGUUCAAUCCCCAUCACAGCUUCGGGCCUUUGGCUGGCUUCCAAGCCCGACAAUGAGUGUGUCCAUCUCUUCCGUUGGCCCGUCGUUGUGCUGGGCUUCAGCAUCUUAGUCAUAUCCUUAAUGGGCUUUGUUGGGGCUUACUACUACAAAGAAGGCCUCUUAGCUCUUUACCUUUGUUGUAUGGCUAUACUAAUCACUCUGCUUCUUGUUGUACUCAUAUUUGCAUUUGCUGUAACCACAUCCGAUGGGUCUGUCUGGGUUCCGGGUCGUGGGUAUAAAGAGUAUAGACUUGAAGGAUUCUCUAGCUGGUUUCGGAACCAUGUUACAAAUGAUGAGAAUUGGUAUAAGAUUAGGAAUUGUUUGAUUGAUACCAAUUUUUGUGCUAAGCUUACUUCUCAGUUUGUUGGUGCUCCUGAUUUCUUUGUUGCUCAUAUAUCUCCUCUCCAGUCGGGAUGCUGUAAACCUCCAGAACUGUGUGGUUACCAGUAUGUAAACCCAACAAUGUGGACCAACCCGACAAACCCAGCAGCUGACCCAGAUUGUACAUUAUGGAGCUCCGACCAAAGCCAACUAUGCUACAACUGCAACUCCUGCAAAGCUGGCCUGUUAGGAAACCUAAGGAAUGAAUGGCGGAAAGCGAAUAUUAUCCUCAUUGUGACAGUCAUUGUGCUCAUUUGCGUUUACGUGAUCGCUUGCAGUGCAUUCAGGAAUGCACAAAAUAAAGAUCUCUUUCGGAAAAACAAGUCUUAAAUUCGGAAAUUAUGAUCUUCAAAAUUCAAUUUUAAACCCGACCCAAACCCUGAAAUGCCCAUUUAAUGUAGUCGAAAUUCGUACAUAGAAUGUGCAAGUGUAUGCUCAAAGUGUGGAAGAACUGAUAGAACACAGAACAAGUUGGGUAGUGGCAUAUUGAUCAUAGAUCAUAAUGUAGGAACUUUUUGGAAUUGAUUCCCAGCAGUAUGAUCUUUUUUAGAGGAAUUAGAUUCCCAUUCAAUUUUUAAUGUAAUUUGUGAUUAUUCCCAAUUCUGUAGUGGAUAACUUUGGGCUUGUUCUUGUAUGAAUUAUGAUUCUGAUUUGACCAAUGGGCACUUCAUAUUGUUUCUUGUUUUUCA